AUGUCGAAAAUUUUUGCUCCGUAUUUUGUUUUGCUUGCUAUUAUUGUCCAGUCUGCCCUAGUUGCUGGUGCAAAAUGCCCUAAAAAUACCCAGGUAAGUCCUACGCACAGUGCACUGUGCAUUUUUUCAAUUUUCACUUUUCGCACCGUGCAAUCGGCCGAAACAAAAUUUUGCACUGUGCAAUCAAUUUUUGUUGCGGCACAGUGCAGCAGCGACAAAAACAUCGCAUCAAAGGUUUGCACAGUGCAAAGAUAUGUCGUAUCUUUCCGUUGCACUGUGCACUUUAUAAUUUUUCUCUCUGCACUGUGCAAUCGGAAGAAAACAAAAUUUUGCACUGUGCGGUCAACUUUUAUCUCAGCACCGUGCAGCAGCAACAAAACCAUCGCACUAACGACUUGCACAGUGCAGAUUUGUGCUGAUUAUUCCAACGCACCGUGCAUUUUUUCAAUUUUCACUUUUCGCACCGUGCAAUUGGGAGAAAACAAAAUUUUGCACUGUGCAAUCAAUUUUCGUUCCGGCACAGUGCAGCAGCGACAAAAACAUCACACCAAAGAUUUGCACAGUGCAAAAAUUUGCCAUAUUUUUUCGUUGCACUGUGCAUUUUGAAAUUUUUCUCUUCGCACUGUGCAGUUUUCAAAAAUUGAUUUUUUCUGCACUGUGCAAACGCCAAAACUGUUUGUAAUUUAUUUUACAUUUUUAGCCUGACCAGGACAACAAAAACAUGUGUGGUUGGUCAAAUCCUAAAGUCGGUGUGGAAUGCUCUUGCGCCAUCGAAGACAUGAAUGGAUACUUUUGCUUCAAUCCCCGAAUUUUCCCAGAAGCUGACGGAGACAACACGAUGCCUUGUUUCAGAAUGCCCGGAUCCAGAAAUAUGUUGGAACAGGGAUGUGCAAAGGAGGAAUGA